CAGUGCGCCGAGGACGCGGCGGAGCAUGUACCGGUUUCUGCGGCUGAUGCUGAGCCGAGGCCUGCUGCGGGCCGCGGGGCGGCGGUGCCGCGGCUGCUCGGCGCGCCUGCUCCCGGGACCGGCAGGAGGCGCGGGGCCCGAGGUGCGGGUGCCGCCGCGCCGAUCCGCGCCGCACGGCCGAGGCCGGGGCCUGCUGCCGCUGCUGGCAGCGCUCGCCUGGUUCUCGAGGCCCGCGGCGGCGGCGGCGGCGGAGGAGGAGGAGGAGGAGGAGGAGGAGGAGCAGCAGCAGGAAGCGGCCGCCGCCGAGGACGCGGCCGAGGCCGAGAUCAUCCGGCUGCUGAAGCGAGCCAAGUUGAGCAUUAUGAAAGAUGAGCCAGAAGAAGCUGAGCUAAUUUUGCAUGAUGCUCUUCGUCUUGCCUAUCAGAGCAAUAACAAGAAGGCCAUCACUUACACUUAUGAUUUGAUGGCCAACUUAGCAUUUAUACGGGGUCAGCUUGAAAAUGCAGAAGAACUUUUUAAAGCGACAAUGAGUUACCUGCUUGGUGGGGGAAUGAAGCAGGAAGACAAUGCAAUAAUUGAAAUCUCCCUAAAGCUGGCCAGUAUCUAUGCUGCUCAGAAUAGGCAGGAAUUUGCUCUUGCUGGCUAUGAAUUCUGCAUUUCAACUCUAGAGGAAAAGAUUGAAAGAGAAAAGGAAUUAACAGAAGACAUUAUGUCAGUGGAAGAGAAAGCCAGUACCCACCUCCUCUUGGGCAUGUGCUUAGAUGCUUGUGCUCGCUACCUUCUGUUCUCCAAGCAGCCAUCACAGGCACAGAGGAUGUAUGAGAAAGCUCUGAAGAUUUCUGAAGAAAUACAAGGAGAAAGACACCCACAGACCAUUGUGCUGAUGAGUGACCUGGCUACUACCCUGGAUGCACAGGGCCACUUUGAUGAGGCCUAUAUUUAUAUGAAAAGGGCAUCAGACCUGGCAAGACAGAUAAAUCAUCCUGAGCUGCACAUGGUGCUCAGUAACCUAGCUGCAAUUUUGAUGCACAGAGGUUUCUUCAACUUAGCCUUGGUGAAGGACAAGUUGUAUACACUGCCACUUUUGUUUUUAAAGGAAAAACAAUUUCCACCCUCAAGUGAUUACAACCUCCAAGGACUGAUGUCAGCUGAUGCUUUCAGUGGUAACAUGGUGGUGCUGUUCACGCUGGUCUAAGUGUAAUCAUCAUUAACAUGGGCCAGUUCUCCUCUGGGGUGUGGGUGUGUGGUGAUUCAGCCGGCAUCUCCACCGAAUGACUGUGGUCCACUGAUUUGCUGCCCUGUCUUCUUUUUGUCAACAUCUGGCAGUCCAGAGUACCUGUCUCAUGGCAAAGGGGGACUGUGGUGAGUUGUUUUUCUUAUAUAAUCUUAUUUCAUGAAGCACAGUAUGGGAUUUAAUGCAUAAAGGAGGAAAAGUGGUAUCUUAGUUUGCCACCAGCAUCCAGAGUGAAAUUUUAAAGUGGGAAUUAGGGACCUGAAAGUGUAGCAACCAUUUGAUUAUAAACAAAAGUGAACCAUAUGUAUCUGGUUGUAUACUUGUGUAACUAUUAAAAAAUGUGAGUUGAGGGGAAGGAAUGAUAUAACCUCUUGUUCGUCAGUGCUGUGUGAGCACUAGACUUCUUUUGCAAUCUCUGCCACACAACUGAGUCACCUGAGGUACUCUUUUUUAAAGAGACUCAUUCCUGGGCUGCACCCCAGACCUUCUGACUCGAAUAGGGCACUGAGUGUCAUAUUUUAAAACUUCCAGGAAUGUGUACUGCUGGUAUAGUAGAACGACUGACCUGGAUUCCAGUCCUUGCUUUUUGAUUUUGGGAUCUCAAUGUCCUCAUCUGUAAAGUGAGGAACAAAUAAGAUUCUUUCUUAUGGAAAAGGUAUUUGAUCAGAUGACUUUAAAUGAAUAGACUGCUGUGAUGAAAGAGCUUUAUCACACUGCCUCAAAGUAUAUAAAUACAAGAUACAUAAAUGGGUGUUCUUGCCUCAGCAGUCCUACAAAAUAGCUAUUUACUUAUGGGAAAAAGACAGUUUUUGUAGGUACCACGAAGGAACACUGAUAUUGGUGGUAUGCCUGUGGGGGUGAAGUACUGAUAUACUGAUAUUUUUGGUUCAUAUGUACAUAUUGGAAGAAUCUUUUCAUAAUAAAAUAGAGGCUAUACAACAAUA